CCUUCUUCUCUCUUCAGAAGCACGCAGAGCGAAAUCAAAUCGACCAUGGAAACCUCCACAGAAUCCGCAAGGCCUUUCCAGUUCUUCGUGAAGCUGAUCGACGGCAAAACCUCCGUCCUCAAUUUCACCACCCGCCGCGUCGACGCCCUCUCCAUCAAGCGCCGCGUCUUCGAGAUCUCCAGGAUCCCCGUCCCCUCCCAGCGCCUCAUCCUCUCCGGCCGCCAGCUAGAUGACCGCUCCGUCGUCUCUUGGCCGGGGUCCACGCUCCACCUCUCCCUCCGCCUCCCCGGCGGCAAGGGAGGGUUCGGGUCCCUCCUCCGUGGGGCCGCCACGAAGGCGGGCCAGAAGAAGACCAACAACUUCGACGCGUGCCGCGACAUGAGCGGCCGGCGGCUCCGCCACGUCAACGCCGAGAAGAAGCUCGAGGAGUGGAGGGCCGAGGAGGAGGAGAGGAAGCUGGAGAGGAUGGCCGAGGAGUUUUUAAAGAAGGCCGCGAAGAAGGGGAAGAAGGGGGUUGGAGAGGGGGCAGCUGCUGAUAAGUAUGUAGAGAAGUACAGGGAGCAGUCGGCGAAAUGUGUGGCGCAGGUUGAGGAAUGUGUUAGGGACGUGAUCGGAUCGUGCGGGAUGUCGAAGCGGAGUGUAAAGAGGAAAGCUGGGGUUGGUUUGGGCACAAAUGCGAAAAAGUUGAAGAUUUGGAUGGGGAAGAGAAAAGCGGGAGAAAGUGACAACGAUGAUUCGGGUGACAAUACCAGUGAGGAUGAUGAAGAUGAGAAGUCUACCAUUUCAGAUGGUGCAAUGCAAUUGAAUUUGAUUAAGGAAGUGGAUGGAAGCUCCGACUCUGUGACUGGUGGGAGACAAGAUGGAGAAGCAUAUACUUCAAGUUCAAAUGGAAGUGGUUCUGAGGAAGAAAAAGAGACCGGCAUGCUAGCGCAUUCAGAAUCCAGCGGGUGCUCUGGUGGAGGAGUUGUGCCCGAAGAAAAAAGUGCUUUGGUUAACCCAGUUUCAUCUGAGGGUUGUGCUGUUAUGUCAUUGGAAUCUGCCGUAGUUUCUGAGACUGAAGCGGCUGAGCUCGUGAAUGAGAGUCACCAUGAAGUUGAAUCUGAGAAUUGUAUAGUAUUGUUUAAUCAGUCACCAAGUGCUCUGGAUUCAGGAAAUGAGGUAACAACUGAAGCUGUCCGAGGACCUCCAGAGGCUGGUGUGUUUUCAGAAGACAAAGUAGCAGUUGUUGAAGAAGCUGUUAGUGUCAAAGCUAAUGUUCCAGAGGACACGGCACUUGAUUUUGAUAAAUUCAAUUCAGCUGCUGAAAUGGAGGUUCUGGGCAUGGAAAGGUUGAAGCUUGAACUUCAAUCCCGCGGAUUGAAAUGUGGAGGUACAUUGCAGGAGCGUGCUUCCAGGCUUUUCCUACUCAAGACUACCCCUUUGGACAAGAUACCAAAGAAGCAUCUUGCAAAGAAAUGAUGUUCAUGAUCCCACCUCAAGCAUGAACUUAGUCAUGAAGCUGUUGUUAAAGGCGGAACUUCGUGGGCAGUCAGAUGGAAAUUAUUGCCUACCUUAAAAUGCUUUGGGCCUCCGAAAGAUUUCAUUGCCAUCUACUUUACACAAUGCAUGUAUAGUCGUCUCUGUUUCUGUGCUUAUGGAGGAGACAAGUUCUUGUAGUUUGCCAUCGUACGAGGAUAGAAACCAAUUUGGCGAUGUUCAUCUUCUGGCUACUAGGAUGAGAUUGCCCAGAGCACACUGAAGGAAUGCUUCCCAAUUGUGUUCUUUUUGUUUUUUCAUGAUUGCAAUAAAACGUAUCUUAUGUGGCUUGUCUGCU